UGAAGUUUCUACACUGAGCUCAGCUUUGAAAACAUCUCCAGACAGAAUGCAGGCUUGUGAAGUCGCUGCACUGAUAUUGCUGACUGUAGUGAGCUGCUCCAGACAGUAUGAAGAGCUGCCCCAGACUACACUCACCCUGGAGCCUCCAUUCCCAGAGAUAUUCAUCGGGGAGACAGUCACUCUGAGGUGUGGGGUUGAGGGGGGUUCUGCUGGCUGGAAAUAUCUCUGGUACAAAGACAGUGAGGACACUCCAGUGCUCCAGACUGCUGGCCGCAGUAUAACUGGUGACAGCUACACAAUCACUGCAGCUGCUGUAUCUGACCAGGGCCAGUACUGCUGUCGAGGACAAAGAGGAGAUCAACCACUCUACUCACAGCUCAGUGAUGAAGUGACAUUAACUGUGUCUGAGGGUCAUCCUCAAGCUGUCCUGACCCUGCAGCCUGCCUGGGCACAGAUAUUCACAGGAGAGACAGUCACCCUGAGCUGUGAGAUGGAGGGGGGCUCUGCUGACUGGGGGUUUAAACAGUACAGAGAUGGACGUGAAGAGGCAGGGUGCAGUGAUCAAUACAGGAGUAGAUAUGGGGACAGCUGCACAAUCAGUACCGCUCUAUAUUCUCACAGUGGAGUGUACUGGUGUGAGUCUGCAUCAGGACAGGAGCGCAGUAAUGCUGUCACCUUAGCUGUGUCCAAUCAAUGGAUGAUCCUGCAGACUCUCCCCCAGCCUGUGAUUGAGGGAGACACUCUGACUCUGAGGUGUCAUGUCCGCACAGGUUAUACAGCUACCAGGGUUGACUUUUAUAAGGAUAAUGAAGUGUUACAGUCCCAGGCUGGCACAGAGCUGAGUGUGGAUCGUGUUUCAAAGAGUGAUGAGGGGUCCUACAAGUGCAGAGCAUGGAGGAGGAUGAGAGGCUCCUGUUACUCUAGUGACUCUGCAGAGGUGCGGGUGUCAUUGAGAGAACGACCCCAGGCUUUCCUGACCCAGGAGCCUGCAUGGACACAGAUGUACGAAUCAGAGAGAGUCACACUGAGAUGUCAGGUUCAGGGGGGUUACACUGACUGGAGAUUCACAUGGUACAAAGCUGGGAAGAAUGGUCCAGUAACCCAGGAUUACUACAGCAGUAUAGAUGGUGACAGAUUCACAAUUAGCUCUGCUACUGGAGACCACAGUGGAGAAUAUACCUGUAAAGGUGAAAGGACAGGUAACCCAUCGUACUCUGAAACAAGCAAUGCUCUUACACUGAGAGUAUCAGAGCUGUUCAGCACACCCACUCUGACAGUGCUACCUAGUGCCUCAGUGUGGGAGGGAGAGGCUGUGACUCUGCAGUGUGGGGCUCACAUAAAUAAACAGGACACACAGCUGCAGUACCGCUAUAGCAAAGACAAUGGGACUGUGAGAGGAGCGGGAUCACAGGAUCAGCACUCAAUCCCAGCGGCAGGGCUGAGAGACACAGGGAGAUACCAGUGUGAGGUGGAGGCAGCAGGGACGGGGCUGAAGAAAAGGAGUGCUUCUGUGUCACUGACUGUGAGAGAGCUGCCCCAGACUACACUCACCCUGGAGCCUCCAUUCCCAGAGAUAUUCACCGGGGAGACAGUCACUCUGAGGUGUGGGGUUGAGGGGGGUUCUGCUGGCUGGAAAUAUCUCUGGUACAAAGACAGUGAGGACACUCCAGUGCUCCAGACUGCUGGCCGCAGUAUAACUGGUGACAGCUACACAAUCACUGCAGCUGCUCUAUCUGACCAGGGCCAGUACUGCUGUCGAGGACAAAGAGGAGAUCAGCCACUCUACUCACAGCUCAGUGAUAAAGUGACAUUAACUGUGUCUGCUGGCAAGCCAAAGCCUGCACUGACCCGGGAGCCUGCAGAAGAGAUAUCUGAAGGAGACACGGUCACCCUGAGCUGUGUGGUUGAGGGGGGCUCUGGAGGCUGGAGAUAUCUCUGGUACAAAGACAGGCAGGGAGCUCCAGUGUACCAGACUGACAGCAGCCGUGGAACUGGAGGCGGAUACACAAUCAGUGCUGCUGCUCUGCCCCACAGUGGAGAGUACUGGUGUCGAGCUGGACGGGGCAGGAACACGUCUUACUCACAAUACAGUGAAGGUGUGAAGAUACAAGUACCAGAGCUGUUCAGCACACCCACUCUGACAGUGCUAUUUGGUGCCUCAGUGUGGGAGGGAGAGGCUGUGACUCUGCAGUGUGGGGCUCACAUAAAUAAACAGGGCACACAACUGCAGUACCGCUAUAGCAAAGACAAUGGGACUGUGAGAGGAGCGGGAUCACAGGAUCAGCACUCAAUCCCAGCGGCAGGGCUGAGAGAUACAGGGAGAUACCAGUGUGAGGUGGAGGCAGCAGGGACGGGGCUGAAGAAAAGGAGUGCUUCUGUGUCACUGACUGUGAGAGCUCUGUUCUCCAGGGUGACUCUGACAGCAUCUCCAGGAGCCACAGUGAAGGAGGGAGAGGCUCUUAACCUGACCUGUGAGGCAGCAGUGAACAAAACCCCCCGCCCUGAACUCCACUACACCAUUGUGAGAGACGGGGAGCCUGUGACUAACAGCACUGACUCUGCACUGUACAGCAUAGCCAGCACUGAGAAGAGCCACACUGGGAGCUACACGUGUGCUGUGGAGUCACAGGGAGUGAAGAAGAGCAGCCAGGAGCUACACAUUGAAGUGCAAACGUCCUGGCACAGCGCUGUUGCUAUUGGCUACAGAGUGAGCUUCACUCUGAUUCAUUUCAUUGUGUUCACUCUGCUGCUCCUUCAAUACUGCAGGAUCAAAGGUUCCCUGUGUCUCGCUGGUGGUAAGUCAAGGAAAACCUCGGAUCAGGAUCAGGAGCAGUCAGCAGAGGGGAUUGAGCUCUCCAGCCGUGUGCAGCACACUGGAGUGGAACUGGAAUAGUGCUGCAUUACCAGAGACUGGGGUGGAACUGGAAUAGCGCUGCAUUACCAUAGACUGGAGUGGAACUGGAAUAGCGCUGCAUUACCAUAGACUGGAGUGGAACUGGAAUAGUGCUGCAUUACCAGAGACUGGAGUGGAACUGGAAUAGUGCUGCAUUACCAGAGACUGGAGUGGAACUGGAAUAGUGCUGCAUUACCAUAGACUGGAGUGGAACUGGAAUAGUGCUGCAUUACCAGAGACUGGAGUGGAACUGGAAUAUUUGAGCUUGUGUUUAGUACACACUAGCAGCUGAGCUGAUAAUCGUAUUGAUGUUAUUUUGUGAAAACAAUAAAGUGUUAAUACUGUAUUACAAAAAAUGACUCAAAGUGU